AUGUAUGAUGUGACAAGCGAUCCGAACAACCACGUCGCACAAUACAAACUACAGAUGCUCACCGUGGUGAUCCAGAAGGAGCUAAGGGAGGCAACCAUUUGUAAAGGCUUCAGUUCGACUCUGACCGGUCCUGCCCUUCAAUGGUAUAUCAAUCUUCCCACCAGGUCCAUACGGUCCUACGCUACCCUUAGUGACAAGUUCGUGGAGCAGUUCGCCAGCAGCAGGAGCCUGGAGAAGAGUUCAGACGACCUCUAUGAAAUCCUUCAACUUAGAGCUGAGCCACUCCAUACCUACAUUGUGUGCUUCAACCCAGAGAAUGUCGCCAUCCCGGAAUGCAACGCGGCGACAACCAUCUCUGCUUUCAAAAAGGGUAUGCUCCCCAAUGGAGACCUCUACAAGGAACUGACCAAAUACCAGUGCAAGACCAUGGAAGACGUCCUAUCCCGAGCCUGGGCACAUGUGAAAUGGGAGGAAGACGUCGCGGGCUGGGCAAAGGCCCAACAUAAGCAGGACCAGAAAUUACCCAGGCAGAUGAAGAGCGAUCGCGAUGAGGGAUCUCAUCCUAAAUCCGCCAGAGAGUUAAGUAACAAGAGCAGGGGCAGAUACCAGAAUCGCCCUCUGGAUAGAGCCGAAGGAAUGGCUGUGAAAACAUGGCCCAACAUUUCUCAUCUGUCGAUAUCAAAGCCUGAGCUAAUCAAUGUUCUGAGGCAGAUGGACCAACAUGUCAAGUGGCUUCAGAAGAUGAUGACCUCCGACUUUAAUUUGGAAUCCAAACCGAUGGUGCGACUUCCACAGUGA